GCAAAAGAGUGAGCAGAAACGUCUAAUUCACUCGUCUCUUGUUUUUUUUCUUACGUCAAUUUUUACUUAAUUUUAACUACAAUUAGAUAUUAUUAUUGUUAAGUGAGACACACCCACUCCACUCACGGGUAGGCAAGGAUGAAGCCGGCCAAGAAAAUAAAGAGUUCCGAAGUUGCGGCAAUUGAAGACUGCAAGCGCCGUCUUCGUGUCCAACUUAGUCGGGGGAAUUAUGUCGAGGCGGCCGAGAUUUUGAAUACUUUAGGGAACCAGCAACGACUUCUGGGUCUGUAUGAGGAUGCGCUGGAAAAUCAUAAACAAGAGGUCACAAUCUGUAAAACUCACAAUAAAUCCGACCGCAUGGGAUUGGGUAUCGCAUAUCGAAACAUUGCCGAAGUUUAUAUCGACACGAAGAAAGGAUGCAAGGCUAUCGCGGCCGUAAAAAGGUACCUCGAACUGGCGAGAGAGGUCGAAAACUGUGUUGAGGAACAGAGAGCCUUGAUCACCAUGGGGCGAGCAAACCUACUCGAAGCAGAGGAUGAUGAAGAGGAUGAAGAUGGCAAACAUAACGAUGCCCGAAAGACUGAACUCCUUAAAAAUGCGGAAAAGUGGUUUCGAAAAGCUUACUCCUUACUGGUCAAUGAAUCUGCAAAAUUCAAACUUGAGUUGCCUAAUGAAAAGGAGUAUAUGACCAUGAAGUGCAACAACUGUCAGAAUUUGGGAGUCACCCUGGACAUGAUGGGCAGUCCUCAGGCGUUGAAGUGGUUCCGACAGGCCGUCGAUAUUGGGAAAGAACACGGUCUCGUUGAAUACCUCCAACCCUGUCAUGCUGCCCUUUGUAAUCUUUACCUCAAGGCGAAAGAACCAAAAAGUGCCUUAGCCAGUGCCAAAGAAGCGGUGAAAGCUGCAGUAGCUCUGGGCAGUGUUUCGCAGGAGAUAGAAGCAAAGAUCUUACAGGCAAGGGCCUCGUUUUUUGACGAUGAGAUCGAAGCUGGAAAAAAGAUUCUCAAAAAGUUGCGAAAGAAAAUUGUCGGGAAGCAAGCAAGCGCAUAUGCCCCAUAUCGGGAGGAAUUGGACACUUUACUCGCACCUGCCAUUAGAUUGUCGAGGCUUCUAGAUCAGAUAUUUCUAUGUGAUAAAAACAAUGAGAAAAAAUUGAUGCAACUCCACGAAUAUGCUGCGGAUCGUUAUGCAGACCUAAAUGUGUUUUCUUUAGCUGCUGAAAACUACCUCAAAGCUGUCAAGUACGCCAUCAAAGCGGGAAUCGAAGGUCGAAAAUUGUCCAGCCUGUACUUCUCCAUUGCAGAAUCAUACAAGGAUUGUGACCAAUAUGAAGAGGCUUUAGAGUAUUACAAGAAGGAAAUGUCGCUCUACGACGAUAGUUCCAUUGAGAAAUUCAAGACGCAAACACACAUUACUCAACUAGUAGAGAAAUGGAAGGGUGGCGAGCUAGCGGUUGAGAACCACAAAGAAUCAAUCCGUUUGGGAAAGGCGACUCAAAGCCAAAAACGACUCGCCACAGCUUAUCACAACUAUGCCAUGUAUCUCAAAAGUAUUGGCGACUCUGAUGCGGACUCCACUUUGAAGAAGGCACAAGAGUUGAGUGAAGGGUUGAGCGAGGAUUUGGUAGACUCGCAAGACGACAUUCUGGAUGAUGGAUCUGACGAGGAAAAUGAGGAUGUGGUCGACUUGGAUAAUUUGUCUUCCGAUGGGGACAGCGGCGAAGAGGACGACGAUGCAAACUUAAAAAAUGUGGCUCAAACCAAGCGUAGAAUAGCCAAGAGGAAAAACGAGGCUGGAGAAACACCUUUGCACAUUGCUGCUAAAAAGGGCGAUUUGAAUGGAGUUCGCAAGUGUAUGAAAAUGGGAUUCAGCGUGAACGUCCGUGACACAGCAGGAUGGACUCCGCUCCACGAAGCUUGUAAUUUUGGCUGCAUCAAAGUCGUGAAAGAGCUGCUGGACAAGGGAGCCCGAGUUAAUGAUAGAGGAGGAAGUGAAUGCGAUGGAAUCACACCUUUGCACGAUGCUCUGGGAAAUGGUCACUUCGACGUGGCUGAUAUUCUCCUCGAAAACGGUGCCGAUGUUUUGGCCCGAGACAAGUUUAAAAAUUUUCCAAUUGAUCAACUCAUCAUAUGGAGAGGCACUUUAGCAAGAGACGACUUCGAGUCUGUGCACGAGGAGUAUGCACGUAUAAAAUAUUUGAUCAAAGAAAAAAUGCAGCAAAAGGGUCGCCCGUAUACGGCAGAAGAUGAGAAGAAAGCGGCUAAAAAGAGUCAGCAACGCAGCAAAAGUCCAGAAUUUACCUUACUUCGCUCAUCAUCAUCCAAAGCGUGCCCUAUCCCGGUUCGUAUUGCAAAUGAUGACUUUGACCCAGACAAUGCCGACGAGGCAACGAAAGCGUAUCAAAGUACCAUGCAAAGCCUGGCUCGUCAUACGACCAGGAGGAGAGAAAAUAAAAAGAAGAAAUCUGACAAGUUGGACCCUCCAAUAUCGCCCGGGCCGAGAGAUGCUCUUAUCCCAUCGGAACUUGACGUUCAUGAGGAUUGGAUGGUGCCUGAUUCUCAGAUUGAAGUUCGACCACCAGUAUCAAAACGGAUAAAAAGUAGGAAAAGGGAUGUCAUCCGGGAUGAUGACAACGAAGAGGAGGAAGAAUUACUCCAAUUGUCGUCGUCACCACCGUCACAAGGUAGCUUUAGAGGCGGCUGGUCUCCUAGUCCGACGAAUAUGGAAUUAUCACCACCCACGCAAGCAAGAUUCUCACCACCUUCCCCGCCGCCAUUAAAUCGACGCCGCAAUUAUGUCGAGAUGGAGGAUGACAUAAUGGUUGUUGAUGAACCAAGUCCUCCCGCACGUCAAACUCGUCAAUCGCGACUGGUUUCUAAUUCCAAUUCUUUCUCAGACGAGGAUGACGACCAGCUCGGUGCAAGAAGGUCGGUCAGCUCGAGACAGAUUUUCUCUCCGUCUCCUCCUCUACGCCAUGCAUCUGAAGAUGAAGCCAUCAUUAUGGACACUCCGAGCCCUGUUGCUCAGCAUCGCCAAAGUCGUCGAACUACGCUGCCAUUUUCGAGACGGAAUGUUCAAACGACGAUCUCCUCUUUUGUCACCACCAUACCCAGUAGUUCUAGUACUAGUAACACUAGUAGUUCACGCGGCCUAACUACUACGACCACCACCGGAAACGGAUCCACCACCGCGAAAAGAAAGCGUGAAGACAGUACAAAUUCCGCCGUGAAGGAUGUUCUCCGCCUUAAAAUCCGUGUUCUUGACAAAAUGCUUCUAGUCCCCGUGGAUGUGGAGCACCAGUUCGGUUCCAUUGAGUGGUUAUGUGAACAAGCCAGCAUUAGAUACAAGCAAUCGUACGGAGUAAAGCCCAACCUAAGUCUAAGCACGAUGGAUGGUGCUCUUCUCUGUGUGAGCGACCCCAUCAACCUUGUCCUCGGUGGGGGAGAAAGCUCCACGAUCGAACUCAACGCUUCCGUCCUCUCAUACGAUACCCCCGCAGUCACGACAAAAUUCCAAGCGGCUUGCACAGAGUUAGGCCUUACCCCUCGACCUGCCAUUCUCACGGCUCUGAAGACCUCAGAAACUACAGGAGUGCUAAAUUUAUCCGGCCUCAAUCUUCACGGUCGUCCCGCCCAAGCGGUCUUUCGCUCCUUGAACGACACCAGUGGCAGCGGCCAAUUGAAGGAGCUCAUCCUCUCAGAGUGUUCCCUCUUUGACGAGGACGUUGAAGAAUUGGGAGCCGUGUUGGACUCCCUGUCCGGCACAUUGUCUAACCUAGAUCUCAGCUGUAACGGGAUCAGUCCACAGGGGGUGCGUACUUUGUGCAACAGGACAAGCCAAGGGGUGUUUCGCCUAAAAGAGUUGGAUUUGAGUCUGAAUCCUCUCGGGAAUCGAGUAGCGAGCAGUUUCACUAAGCUGGCAGACCUUUUCCCAAAUCUUGGAGAGAUUCGGACCAAAGCUUGCAACCUGUCCGGGGCUCGCUUCUACGCUGUCUUGGGAAUAGAAGAACCACAAGGAGAACAAGGAGGAGUAGGACUUGAUGUGGGACGCGAGGCCAGCUUCUUGGACUCUGUUGACUUGGACCUAUUAAGAACAUUUCGCCGGUGCUAAUAGAGAGAAAGAAAGUGCAGCAUGAAAGUAAAUACAUACGCCCUGUCCAAAAUGUAUUUUAUUUUAUACUCUCUCAACCUCGUCGCAACUCUCGGACUAGGAAUAUAUAUCUUAUAUAAAUUGUGAUACAUUUAUUUACAUACAGAUCUAUCUCUAAUCGAUACCAUUUCCUGUGACGUUCGCAGUAUAGAAGAAGUUUUUUUUUCUGUUCACUUGAAUAAAUGAAUUCAGAAGAAGA